AAGCCAGAACGUGCUCAAUGGGGUAGACAAUUAGAAUUCAUCUUUACACUAGUUGGAUAUGCUGUUGGUUUGGGAAACGUCUGGAGAUUCCCGUAUUUAUGUUUCAAAAAUGGGGGAGGUGCAUUCCUUAUUCCAUACAUCAUAUGUCUCGUGACCCUUGGAAUACCCAUAUUUGGAAUUGAAGUAGCCUUUGGUCAAUAUGGAGGAAAGGGUCCGAUAUCUAUCUGGGAUCAUUCCAGUCCGGCUUUUAAAGGUUUGGGAAUGGCUGGUAUACUUGUGAGUGGUAUAAUAUGUAUAUAUUACGAUAUUAUCAUCGCAUGGGGUCUGUACUAUCUGUUCGCCUCUAUGACAAAUAAACUACCGUGGGAAGAUUGCAAUGAUUGUGCCUGUAAACUAUACAGCAGCAAUAACUCACUAACCAAUAUCACCUGGUUAAAUUCUUCAGAUCUAAAUUGUACUAAAAGUGCUGGUAUUGGUGACUGGGGAAUAUUGAAAUGGGAUCUUAGUUUGUGUAAUUUGUUGAGUUGGUGUAUUGUCUUCUUUGUUUUGAGUAAAGGAAUCCAAUCUCUUGGAAAGGUAGUUUAUGUAACUGCCACGUUCCCCUAUGUCUUACUAACAAUCUUAUUGAUAAGAGGAUGUUUAUUGGAAGGGGCAAUAGAUGGAAUCAAAUUUUACCUGACCCCUGAUUUAUCCAGACUCACUGAUGCCACUGUAUGGAGUGAUGCAGCUGUUCAGAUCUUCUUUUCCUUGAGUGCGUGUCAGGGUGGUCUAAUGGCCAUGGCAAGCUAUAAUAAAUUCACCAACAAUGUUUUGAGAGACGCAAUAAUGAUACCAAUCAUAAAUUGCUGCACGAGUUUCUACGCUGGUUUCGUGGUGUUUUCAGUAUUAGGGUAUAUGGCGCACGAAAGAGGCCUGCCAGUUGCUAACGUAACGCAAGGUGGACCUGGAUUGGCUUUUGUGGUGUAUCCUGAAGCUUUGACAAAGAUGCCAAUCUCUCCUUUAUGGUCAAUCCUUUUCUUCCUGAUGUUAUGUACGCUUGGAUUCAGUAGUCAAUUCUCCACAGCCGAGACGUUUAUGACUGGUUUUAUAGAUGAGUUCCCGGGAUUAUUAAAUACUGGUAAACGAAGAGUAUUAUUUAGAGCCUGUGUAUGUGGUGCUGGUUUUCUACUUGGUUUGCCAAUGUUAACUCAGGGUGGCAGUUAUUUACUAGAUCUGGUUGAUGCCUAUAUUCUCGGCUUCCCAACGCUGUUUGUUGGUCUGUUAGAAACAGUGGUAAUUUGUUGGGUGUAUGGUAAGUAUGAUAUUUAUUUUAAAGGGGUUGGGAUUAAGAAUUUCGGUCGGAAUUAUGUGUUUCAUUUAAUAUAG